AUGAGACGUUCUUUCCCCCCCGGCUUCGGCAGCCAGGACGCCGGAUUUACCCGUGGAAAGGAACAAACCUGCCCUCGGCGGGACGGGAAGGAGACGGACGGAGAAGCGGAGCGGGAAGGCGAUGAGGAGUCGUGGUUUCCGGGAAGGGACUCGCAACCCGUUCGGCAGCAGCGGGAUGAGGUUGGGAACGGCACAUCCAAACGCACGGCGCCGGUGGAAACGUCCCAGCCUUUUCCUUCCCGCAGGAGAGGGAAGCGCCGCGCUGGGAGCCGGCCGUGCCCCGGCGUGGACUUUGGAUGCGAGGCGCAGGGAGCGCCGGUGGCUCCUCGGAGGAAGCCGGGAAGCUUCGGCCGCCCCUGCCCGGGGCGGCGCAUCCCCGCAGGAGCUGCCCUGCAGGAUCCCGGCCUGGCCAUGGCGCACGCCGCACCCGUGACCGAGAUUAUCGAAGAGGUCAUGAAGGAGGACGGUUUCCAGCCGGAUCCGGCCCCCGUCCUGCCCAAAGCGUUGCCCAAAGGCUCGGCUAAGCUGGUGGCUCGCGGUUCUAGCCCUGUGGUGGCCGCCCGGCCACUGCACCCACCUGAGCCCUGCCCGCUGGCAGCCGGACUGGCACCCUACGGCGCCGCGGGGCUGCCGGCCAAAACCUUUAGCAACCUGGGCAUCCAGUGCGUGAAGAAGAAGGAGAUCGAGGCGGCGAUAGAGAAGAAGCUGCAGUUGGGAAUCGACCCCUUCAAAGGUGAGGGGAGGGCUCAAGCGGAGCCGUCCCGAUCGGCGCGGGGGAUCCGGAUCCCCUUUAGCAACCUGGGCAUCCAGUGCGUGAAGAAGAAGGAGAUCGAGGCGGCGAUAGAGAAGAAGCUGCAGUUGGGAAUCGACCCCUUCAAAGCCGGUUCCCUCAAGAACCAUCAGGAGGUGGACAUGAAUGUGGUGAGGAUUUGCUUCCAAGCUUCCUACAAGGACAGCUCCGGGCAGACGCGGCACCUCAACCCCGUGCUUUCGGAGCCCAUUUUCGACAAGAAGUCCACCAACACCUCGGAGCUGCGGAUUUGCCGGAUGAACAAGGAGAGCGGUCCCUGUACGGGCGGCGAGGAGCUCUACCUGCUCUGCGACAAGGUCCAGAAAGUAUCCCCCUGGAACUGGGACCAGCACCAGGACCAGCCUAGCCCAGUAUCCCCCUGGAACUGGGACCAGCACCAGGGCCAGCCUGGCCCAGUAUCCCUUGGGGACUGGGACCAGGACCAGCUUGGCCCAGUAUUGCCCUGGGACUGGGACCAGCCUGGCCCAGUAUAG